AUGGAGGUUCAACCAAGGAUAACAGAAGGAAAGAGGAUAUGUCAAGUGAUACGUGUCAAACCUGAACGAUUAGAGGAAUAUAAAAAGGUACAUUCAGAAGUAUGGCCACAAGUACUUGAUACUCUAAGAAAGGCCCAUAUAGUAGAUUAUUCAAUCCAUUAUUUCGCACCACUCUCUCUUCUCAUUGCUCACUUACGAUACCUCGGAAAAGACUACGAAGGGGAUAUGGCUCGCAUACGUUCUGAUGAGACCACUAGACAAUGGUGGGCUUUGACAGAUGGGAUGCAAGAAAGUUUUGUGGAUGGUGCUGUUGGUAGUGAAAAUGGGGAAUGGUGGAUGAAUGCUGUGGAGGUAUUCCGGAUGGAAUAA